GCCUGCGGUCGUCCUGGUGGUCUGUUCUCCGCAUCUACGAUAAGCUGGGCUUUUAUUAAACCAAUUUAAUGCCAGCGAGGGUUGGCAGGGUUUGGAUCGCCUUAUUUCUCCUUUCGAACCCCUUGAGUCCAGCUCCCUUCACCCGCGGAUAUCCCAUUGGCUAACUUUUUCCAUGAACACGAUCAAUCAACGGACAUUCACGACUUUUUUGGGAUUUGCCUUUUUUUUUUUUAAGGGGCACUUAAGGCACUAGCGGGGCUAUAUUUUAGUUCUUCUUAUUUAUUUUCCUUGUCUUGCGUUCGACAGAGUACGUGUCACGAAGCAUUUUUAACCCAACGGGCGUCUCUCUCUCAUCCGAUUCCUGCGGAUCGACAAAACUUUGUGGACCGGCAGCCACCAGCCGUUUCGCAGACCUUCAGCGGCCAGUUGGCUGGCUGUACUUUUCGGCGCACAAUCGGAGGCGUUUACAGUUCCAGACAUCCUCUGCCUUGCUCGUGUGCGGCGUGAUUCUCAGUGUUUUCCAAAGCCCGGCUGCUACCGAUCGAACGUCCUGCUGGGAAACGGAAUAUUAUAUAUUAUUGAUGAACCUCUGUCGCCCUAUCCCGGCUAUAACGUGGCCUUCGACGAUUGAUAGUCACACCAAAUAAGGGGUCUUGGGUUGCUGGGAGUCAUGAGUCGUCCCAGGGGGCCUUCGAGCCCUCCAACAUAUGGGGCAUUCGAGUCAGACGAGAGAACUGAGGGAAAUAACGAAAGUGAAGGCCUGCUUUUUGUGGAACCGAGGGAACUUGGAGAGAAUGAUCCUAUAUUUGAAGAGAUUAUUAGCUCGUCGACGUCCAUCAGUACGGACGUCCAGGAUGGUGUCCGGAAAAUCGAGGCUAUUAGCAGAACGUGGACGCAGAAAUCAUUGAUAAUAGCAUAUCUUGGAAUUUUUCUGAUGGCAUUCUCUACCUCGCUCGAGGGGCAGACGGUGAUGUCUUUAUCACCUUAUGCAACAAGUUCCUUUAGCAAACAUUCUUUAAUAUCUACGGUCUUGGUUGUUCAAAAUGUAACUAAUGCUGUCAUAAAGCCGCCCAUGGCGAAGAUCGCGGAUGUGUUUGGUCGGUUUGAAGCGUUUUGUAUCGGUGUUUUUAUUUAUGUCCUCGGUUACAUCCAAAUGGCCGCCUCGAAGAAUGUGCAGACCUAUGCCUCGGCGCAGAUAUUUUACUCUGCUGGUUCAACAGGCUUGCAAAUACUGCAACAGGUGUUUAUCGCCGAUAGCAGCGAUCUACUCAACCGAGCACUAUUUGCCAACCUUCCCGAUUUACCUUUCCUCAUUACUGUGUGGGUCGGGCCAAUGGUAGCUUCAGCUAUUCUCCAGAAUUUGACCUGGCGCUGGGGCUAUGGAAUGUGGGUGGUUAUUUUGCCCUUGGCCUUCCUGCCUUUGGCCUUGACCUUGUGGCUCAAUCAGAGAAAAGCACAGAAGCUGCAGCUACUGCAGCCUAAGCCUUGGAAAGGCAAAGGUCUAAGGAGUUUGCUCCGGAGUACUUGGUACGAGUUGGAUCUGUUUGGCUUGAUAUUGCUCUCAGCUGCGCUCAUCCUCAUUCUGGUACCAUUGACGCUGGCGUCGAAUGCAAAAGAUACAUGGCAAAACGGAAGUAUCAUCGCGAUGAUUGUGGUAGGGUGCAUUUGCCUAGUUGCUCUUCCUUUCUGGGAGACGUCGAAAAGGCUAGCACCGCACCCGCUGCUCUCCCUAAAACUUCUCAAGCAGAGAACGGCCCUGGCAGGCUGUGCAUUCGCAUUCUUCUACUUUAUGGCGUUCUACUUAUCCAUCCAACCGUAUCUUUAUUCCUAUCUCCAAGUCGUACAAGGCCAAUCUGUCGUCACCGCUGGCCGCGUGACACAGACCUUUUCAUUCACAUCCACCAUUGCUGCCGUGGUAGUCUCAUUCUUCAUUAAAUAUACUGGGAGAUACCGCUCCUUUGUCACGGGUGGCUGUUUCGUCUACAUUGGGGGGCUGAUCUUAAUGCUCCUGUUCCACAAAGAAGGUAGCAGUGUCCUCAAAACACUUGUUAUCCAGACCAUUGUUGGCCUCGGAGGUGGACUAGUGAAUGUUCCUGUACAGCUGGGUGUCCAGGCAUCAGCAAGUCAUCAGGAAGUUGCAGCUGCUACAGCAAUGUUCCUAACAGCACUUGAGAUGGGGGGUGCUGUCGGCUCGGCGAUUUCAGGCGCGGUGUGGACAAGCUCUAUCCCGAAACGGUUACGGAAUUACCUACCUCCAGAAAGCCGGGAGCAGGCGGAUGAGAUCUUUGGAAAGUUGACCGAGGCACUCUCGUAUCCCUUAGGAUCCCCAACACGGAUCGCUAUUAAUAGGGCAUAUGAAGAAACAAUGGGGACGCUGCUGACGAUUGCGGUUUGUGUAACCAUUCCGCUGAUACCAUUGAGCUUGUUGAUGAAGGAUUACCACCUAGACACAAUGGCUCAAAAAGUCAAAGGGAAAGUCAUCGGCCACGAUGAUGUGGAAGAUGAUUUUAUAGCCAGAACCAGUUCUCGAUCAUCCAGGUCGAACUCUCGACCUUAGAGAUAUAAACCACCCCCUCUUUUCUCAUUCGACCCCUCAGCAUCGUUCUCCGCAAGGCCCCAACAAGUGCAAACGAACGUAUUGCACAAGCCAUGGACCUGGAUCUUUCAAAGGAGCAAACAUUUUCCUUCCGAGAUCCAUAUAGAAACGAACUUUGUUUUAGCAUAUACCGACAGCUUUUUUAUGUCCCUCGUUUUCUGCAUAUGAUGGCAAGAUACCCUUCAUGCAUAUUUCGAUCUUUCCGUUUUACUACCACCAGCGUAGGAUAUGGCUGGAGUUUCUCAUUUCCGCUAUAAAAUUUUUCUGGGAAAUAGACAAGUGUCUGACUUCGGGAUCCCAGUGUUAUUCCCUACCUUUCCCUCGCCUUUUGACCCUUUUGUAGAUCAUAUGUAUCUGUACAUACACAACAUUUAACAGGCUUUGGGCAACAUGCCCACUUGGGUCUCAAUUGAAGGAGAUGCUUUGGAAAA